AUGGAGAAGAAGAAUGAAGAAAACGAGCACUGGGUGGAGGGACAAACAGCCACCGGUGAGAUCGACAACAACGAGAUCCACGGUCGUGCCAUCCAGCAACAGGAACAUAAUCGAGGCUACUGGGAGACAUUGAACAAUGACCCAUGGCUGCUUUUCUGGAUUGGCAUGAUGCUAUGGACCCUGAUCAUUCGAGGAUUCGAGAAUCAGUCCGCCGGUUCAGUGAUCAGUAUCGCCGAAUUCAAGCGCCGCUUUGGACAGCAAGAAUCUGACGGAACCUAUUUUAUCGCCACUCCUUGGCAGUCAGCUCUCAGCGGUGGAGGAAAUGCGGCAGCCAUUCUGGGUGCCUGGGGUUCGUCCUACUUGGCAGACAUCUUCGGUACCAAGCCAGUUCUGAUCGCCGGCUGUGCGAUCAACAUCGCCUCUGUUGGAGUCGAGUUUGCGACCACAUCUAUUGGCAUGUUUUUCGGUGGCAAGAUGAUGAACUUUGUAGCCAUCGGCGUGUUCCUGAACCUUUGCACGGCCUAUGUAUCCGAUAUCUCACCACUAGCCAUCCGUGCAUCAGUCAUUGGUUUUUGUAACCUAUCACAGUGCAUUGGGCCUUUCAUCUCCGCUAUCAUGUCUUACUAUACCUCCCAGUGGGAUAAUGACUGGUCUUGGAAGGCUCUCGUCUGUGCACAGUGGGGCUUUGCUAUCAUUGGAUUCAUCGGUCAGCUUUUCAUGCCUGAGUCUCCGGUUUAUCUUGUUCGAGUGAAUAAGGACGAAGAGGCCCGUAAGGUGCUGAACCGUCUCUACUCCAAGCCCACCGAUGCAGAGGGUCACCUUCAGCGUAUCAAGCUCACUCUCGAGGAGGCAGAGACACAAAAGAGGGCUACUUAUGCUGAAUGCUUCCGUGGUACAAAUCUUCGCAGAACUAUGAUCGCCGUCCUUGUCUUCCUUGCCGAGCCAAUGUCGGGAUUAGGAUUCGUGCAAAACUAUGGAUCUUUGAUGUAUCAGUUCCUGGGAAUUGGAGAUCGAGAAUCGUUCCUGAUCCAGAUUGGCGCUCAGAUUCUUUCGAUUUCGGGUGCUACACUCUCAUUCCUGAUUGGCGAUUUCUACGGUCGACGGCCCAUGUUCCUUGGAGGCUGUAUUUCUCUCACCAUUCUAUUGCUCUGUAUGGGUAUCGCAGGCUCAGUGAAUACCACUGCUGGAAUUACCGCCGCUGUCGGUUUCUACACUAUGUAUAACUUCGUCUUUAACAUUGGCGUGGGAUCAAACGUUUACGCCAUUGCUGGAGAGGUGCCUACCUCUGCUUUGCGCACGAAGACAUUGGCAAUUUCCCUGAUCGUUUCUAACGCUGUCAACACCAUGUGGUCAUUUGUUGCACCAUAUAUGUUCAACCCUGGAUAUGGCGAUCUCAAAGCCAAGAUCGGCUUCGUUUUCGGUGGCUUCAUGUUAUUUUUUAUUGCCGGCGCAUGGUACCUUGUGCCCGAAACGCGUAUGCGAACAUACGAGGAGUUGGAUGAAUUGUUCAUGAACCGUGUGCCUACACGGGAGUUCAAGAAGUAUGUGACAGUUGCUGAGCGACGUGCCGCGGAAGCCUAUGCCACGGAGCGCAAGCUAUCAGCUCCCGAGGUUGAGAGAGAGGUUUAG